AUGCCAAAAGUGACGAUUGAUCAUCUAGAUGGAUUAGGAGCUCUAAGCGUCGGUGCGUAUCGGGGCCUGAACCCGUACGCACAUGCACUCGCGCCGGGGUCAACACACCACGUUGAAACGAGUCUUGACGAAAUGGAAUCACCAUCUGCUCUGAACUGCCACGUUUUUGAUGAAACGUGUCGAUGGUCAAACACAAAUGAAGAUGAACUCGACUGGAAGAUGCGCGGCUCUGCACGUGAAGCUGAAGGAUUCAUCACUACAUUAGCUUCAUCAUCACUUCCAGAUUUAUCAGCAGCAGUGUUAACUUCAACAAGAAACAACGGUUGGGAAGCAGGACAGUUGAUUUCCGAUCAACUUCCAUGUAUCACUUCACCAUUGCAAUUGACCGCAACCGUUUGGCGAUCGCAUGCGCCCACUCCUUAUGAAUUGCCUAAUCUUCAAGUGUGUUCGCGGAACGUUCACAGUGAUCUACCGCUCUCAAACUGCAAUCUAUUUCCAAUCAAAAAUGGAGUACCAGUCACUGUAAAUGUACCUCUUCCCAAGGACCUAUUCUCUCCAGUUCAGAUAGUGUUAGUGGGUGAUAAUUUUGUUGGCUCUGAUGGUGGUGCAAUCUUUUUGCAAGAUCUUUACAUUGAUGGGCAUAUCGAUUCGGAUUGUUCAGCUACUGGAGUUGAUACUCAGAAACAAUUCGCUUCUGAUCAAGCACUAUCUUUGUCUGAGAGUAAAACACUCCAUCCUUUAAGAACGGAUAAACUCUUAUUACCAAGUUUAUCGGCUAUGUCGAACCUGAUUCCCUCACCACCGAAAAAACGUUUAAAUGCUCAUUCAGUAAUGUCACUAGAGUCGCAAUCAGCAUCCUCCUCAAGUGAUCACCUUUACGAAACAUGUCUCACUCUAUCGUGCAAUCCUGCAGAGACACAAUGUAAAUGGCGUUCGGAAGGUGAUGCAUGGCUGAAGGCAUCAACUCAUCGUUCAUCAAACCCAUUAACUGGUGUUCAUAUCCCACCAACUGGCUCAACUGGUUAUUUGGUUGCACCAUUCACCGAUGAUAAUCCACAGUCAUCUUAUUAUCAAAUGAUCAGCCCAACAGUGAAUGUACCAUUCAAUGAAGGCGCUCUAUAUUUUUGCUUUAACGAGUACUUCGCAACUGACGGACUGAGACUAGCGAUUUGCAUCGAUAGAUCAGCACAAAAUUGUUUCUAUUCGAAGAGUGAUAUCAAUAUUGAAACGAAUAUUGAGGUGAGAACAGAACUCACAAUUGUAACUUGGCAGGACUCAUUCAUGCAAAUGCUACAAUCGUGUCAACAGAGAACCGCCGAUGGAAUUUUAAGUGUGUUCAACUUCCAAGUGGUUCAUACCAGGUUUUCCGUUGCAUUUUAUCUGCUAAUUCCUUGUUACGUGAGCAUUGUGGCUCAAAAUCGAGGCGCAAAUAGGGGUGAUAUCGGAUUUGUACCCGUUCGAGUGACACGUGAUCCAUCCGGUUCAGACGCCGUCUGUUGA